CUUUCCGGUUGAUCCACAGUCUGCAAAAUGGCGACUUCCCUAGGCUCCAACACUUACAACAGACAGAACUGGGAAGACGCGGAUUUUCCGAUUUUGUGUCAGACAUGUUUAGGAGAAAAUCCUUACAUUCGUAUGACCAAGGAAAAAUAUGGGAAAGAAUGCAAGAUCUGUGCUCGGCCCUUUACCGUGUUCCGAUGGUGUCCAGGAACACGUAUGCGUUUCAAGAAGACAGAAGUCUGUCAGACCUGCAGUAAAAUGAAAAAUGUUUGUCAGACAUGUCUGCUGGACCUGGAGUAUGGUUUGCCUAUCCAAGUCCGAGACACUGGACUCUCCGUUAAAGAUGAGGUUCCUCGGUCAGAUGUGAAUAAAGAGUACUACACACAGAACAUGGAGAGAGAGAUAGCCAAUUCUGAUGGCACUCGGCCAGUGGGCCAGCUUGGUAAGGCUCCAAGUUCUAGUGAUAUGUUGCUGAAGUUGGCUCGGACCACUCCAUAUUACAAGAGGAACCGGCCACACAUCUGCUCCUUCUGGGUGAAGGGAGAGUGUAAGAGAGGGGAGGAAUGUCCCUACAGGCACGAGAAGCCCACAGAUCCUGAUGACCCUCUAGCAGACCAAAACAUAAAGGAUCGUUACUAUGGCAUCAAUGACCCAGUGGCUGACAAGUUGCUAAAGCGGGCUUCAACUAUGCCCCGACUGGACCCACCAGAGGACAAAUCCAUCACCACUCUCUACAUCGGGGGGUUGGGAGACACUGUUACAGAUGGAGACCUCAAGAGUCACUUCUACCAGUUUGGUGAAAUCCGAACCAUUACCAUAGUCCAAAGGCAGCAGUGCGCUUUCAUCCAGUUUGCCACGCGGCAGUCGGCUGAAACGGCUGCUGAAAAGUCAUUCAACAAACUCAUUAUUAACGGACGAAGACUCACCGUCAAGUGGGGAAGGUCCCAGGCAGCAAGAGGAAAGGAGGGAAUCAAAGAUGGUGUCAGUGAGAUGGGUACCAGACUUGAUCCUGUGCCUGGACUGCCUGGAGCUCUGCCCCCACCGCCAGCUCUAGAUGAAGAGCCUCCUGCCAACUACUUCAACCUUGACCCCAGCUCCUCUCCUGCUGUCAUGAACAUUGCAUUACCCCCACCUCCAGGCAUCAAUCCACCUCCUCCAGGCUUUGGCCCUCCAAUGUUUCACCACAUGGGUCCCAUGGCCCCGCCUAUGCCCCCUCCAAUGAGCAUGAGACCUCCAGGUCAAAUCCACUACCCCUCUCAGGAUCCUCAGCGCAUGGGUGCCCAUGCUGCACACGGAGCACGUCAUGGCGAUUAGCGGUCGGAGGGAAGUCGUGCUGUUAUUAGAUGUCGCUCUUCUCCUUGUGUUCAACCUGGUCAGGACACAUUGCAAACUAGCGGUGAACCCAAAGACAACGUCUGGGAGCAGGACAUCGCAUAGAAAACAGUUGGGUUUUUUUGUUAUGUUUUUUUUUAAAAUACUCCACCUGCAGAGCAGUGAAUGAUGUGAAGAAGCACCACCUGUGUCUGGAGAGACGACAACCAGGAUCUUGCAAGUUGUCAAAAAGUAGCCAAAACGGCAUCUGAACACCGGAGCUUAACGUUUUAAAAGACUUUAAACACAAGAGCGCUGACCACACGGGUUUCAAAGCCUCCUGUGGUAGGAACCAUUGUGUGUAUAUAUAAAAUGUUUUUCCUUAGGUUAAACUUGUAUUUGUCACAUUGUGUGUAGUAUAACAUGCAGUUAGAUUCUGUUAAUUUCAGUUGACUUUUUUUAUUUGACAUCAUCUGAGUGUCCCACAGCAUAAUGACUUACUUUAUUGUAAGGCUUUCUUUGAAUAUUGUUUUCAUUUGUCAUUAAAACGGCUAACUUUUUCCAUC